AGAUGAUCCACUACAACCCAGCUGAGUAGACCUAUAGUGUGUUGUUUUCAAAGUCAAUUUGCUACAUGGCUCAUGUCAUUUUGCUUCUUCAGACAUUGACAUACAAUGGAUUAUGAUACCAUGAGCUUGUGGGCUUCAUAACUUGCGGGGAAAUAUUGCUAAAUUAGUUAUUCAUUCAUAUUAACAAUUUAUCGAUUUGAGCAGCGCAUUUUCAAUGUAGUUUUUUCUUCAUACAAGUCAACUAUAAGAAAAAACCAUGGAACCAAACACGGCAAGCAUUUUGAUGAUGCGUGAAAUGGUGGACGAAGGAAGGAACAGCGUCAGGCAAAAAUUGCAAGUUACAAAAGCGAUGAUCGACCGCCUUGGCUUGGAGAAGGAGCUUCAUGGACACACGGGUUGUGUCAACUGUCUGGAAUGGAACACAAGGGGAGACAUUCUGGCAUCUGCCUCGGACGAUGUGCAGGUCAUAUUGUGGGAUCCAUUCAAACACAAGAUAUUAAAAACCAUUAGGACGGGACACCAGGGAAAUGUCUUCACUGUGAAAUUCAUGCCACACUCCGGGGACCAAACAAUUCUGACAGGUGCUGCAGACUACAAGGUCAAAGUUCACGAUCUGCUUUUGGAUGAGCCCAAAAUGGUUUGCUCAUGCCAUUGUGAUAGAGUCAAAAGACUGGCCACCGCUCCCAACGAUCCUUUUUUGUUUUGGAGUGCAGCAGAAGAUGGGUGCAUCAUGCAUUACGACCUCCGAGUUCAGCACUAUUGCAACAGUGGCAAAAGUGAUUCCGUCCUAAUCAACUUGAAUAAUCAUAUGGGCGCCGGAGCAGAGGCCAAAUGUCUUGCAAUCAACCCUACGAGACCUGAAUUUUUAGCCGUUGGUGCGAACGACCCUUUUGUCAGACUCUACGACAGGAGAAUGAUCAAACGGACUGUUGUGCCUAACAGGUCAGAUACAGGUGUGCUGGUGUACGGUUGGGAAAGAAGGACUCUAUUUCACAAGAGAGCGGGAUUAGGUGAUGAAGAUGAAAAUAUUCCCUGGCGCUCUGCUCAAUACUUCGCUCCUGGACAUUUGCCAAGUGUUGGGUCGAAGAAUGGCAGAACUGGCAAAACGGUAAUCACCUACUUGACCUUCAGUUCUGACGGAACUGAGCUGCUUGUAAAUUUGGGCGGUGAACAAAUUUAUCUUUUUGACGUUCAAAACAAUAGAAGGCCCUAUACCUUCUAUCUACCUCAGCAAGAUAAAUCAAAGCUCAGCGGAAAAUGCCAUCCUGUGCCUAUGGCUGAGAGGGAUUUGCAAGGAAAAGUAUCAAGUCUAAAAGAAAUGGCAAAUGGUCAUUUCAAAAACAAGAGCUACUUUAAAGCAAUCAACCUGUACAAUGAAGCUAUUGCUCUGAGCCCGAAAAACGCCACUCUUUACGCAAACAGGGCUGCAGCGCUCAUGAAGCGAAAGUGGGAUGGAGACGAAUACGCUGCCUACAGGGACUGCGCCACAGCCCUUGCCAUUGAUCCAUCCUACCUGAAAGCCCAUUUCAGGCUAAUCGCUUGUCUAACCGCAUUACACAAGUCAGACUUGGCAACAAAAAGCCUUGCGCAGUUUGCUGCCAAAUUCCCAGAUGAACUAGCCUCUCCAGAGUACAAGAAACUAGUCAAAGACAUUGAAAAGGAUGCCGCAAUGCUUGAAAAUCAUGCGUCUGAGAAUAAGUCAGAGCCUGAAGUGGAAGGGGCUAAUCUCCACGUGACGAGAACAAUGCAGUCAGAAUUGGAGAAGAUUUGGCGGUCUGAUCCGUAUGAUUACAAAAUGUUUUUCUGCGGACACUGCAACACCACCACAGACAUCAAAGAAGCUAAUUUCUUUGGAAGCAAUGCUCAAUUCAUCAUGGCUGGUUCGGACGAUGGUUCAUUUUUCAUUUGGGACCGGAACUCCACAAAUAUCAUCAAAGUCUUGAAAGGCGAUGGUUCCAUAGUCAACUGCCUGCAGCCCCAUCCGUCAACUUGUCUGCUGGCGACCAGCGGAAUUGACGAAUCAGUCAAACUUUGGAGCCCCAGGCCAGAGAAUUUAGAGGAAGAAAGAGAGGUGAAAGAAAUGGAGGUAGCUGCUGCCCUGAAUCAGAAGAGAAUGAGGACUGAUCCAUUUGAAACAAUGUUCUCUAACAUGACAGCUCGCGCCCGUGGAGAAGGUGAUGAAGGAAUGCAGGGAGUUACUUGUAGACCUAGCUGAAGCAUUGUGUAAAUAUUAUUAUACAAGGUUCAUGGAUUCCAACUUCCGACCCAAUACCUUACUCAGUCCUACUAAGUUUAUGUUAGGCGCGUGCAUGAGUUUUGAGCGAAAAACUGUGGAAAUUUGAACAUGACUGGCUGUAUGAAAUAUAUAAUUUUUGCAAAU